AUGUCCUAUGCUGACAGUGCAAGGAUGGAGUUUCUCUGGCGUCUGUUCAUGAUGAUCGGGAUCCUUGCAAGGACUGGGAUGUCUCAGGGCUGCACCCCACCACCAGGGGCUCAGAACUUGGCGCUGGGGCGCCCGGCCACUCAGUCCUCCACGCUCCCAUCUGGCGUGGCUGAGAAAGCCGUGGAUGGAAAACGCGAUGGGAAGUGGGAACAAGGCUCCUGCAGCCACACGCAGCUCGACACAGAGCCGUGGUGGAUCGUGGACUUGGGCAGUCGUCAGUCUGUCUCCGCGGUGAUCGUGAAGAACAGGGAGGACGAAUGCUGUGGGGACAGACUCAGGGGGGCCCAGAUUCGUGUGGGAGACUCGGUGAUCGACCAUGGCAAGCACAACCCCAUCUGCGGGACCAUCACUGACACCAGACCGGGAUCCGUCAGCACCAUCUGUUGCUACGGGCUGGAGGGCCGCUACGUCACCAUCGUCAUCCCAAGCAGGGCGAAGUAUCUCACCCUGUGUGAGGUCGAGGUCCUAGAUCAGGGCUGUGCCCCACCACCAGGGGCUCAGAACUUGGCGCUGGGGCGCCCGGCCACUCAGUCCUCCACGCUCCCAUCUGGCGUGGCUGAGAAAGCCGUGGAUGGAAAACGCGAUGGGAAGUGGGAACAAGGCUCCUGCAGCCACACGCAGCUCGACACAGAGCCGUGGUGGACCGUGGACUUGGGCAGUCCUCAGUCUGUCUCCGCGAACAGGGAAGACGAAUGCUGUGGGGAGAGAAUCAGGGGAGCCCAGAUCCGCGUGGGAGACUCACUGAUCGACCAGGGCAAGCAGAACCCCAUCUGUGGGACCAUCACUGAUACCAGACCGGGAUCGGUCAGCACCAUCUGCUGCAACGGGCUGGAGGGCCGCUACGUCACCAUCGUCAUCCCGGGCAGGGCGGAGUAUCUCACCCUGUGUGAGGUCGAGGUCAUAGCUCAGGGCUGCACCCCACCACCAGGGGGUAAGGAGCUGGCACAACGUGAAUGA